AUGGCAGACAUAGAAGAGGAAACUCUCAUUAUCGACAUCCCUCGAUCUCAGCGGCGCAUGUUGAACAAAGUGCUGGUGCAAGUGCGACGUGACAAGACGCACAUUUAUGAGCCAGCAGUUGUUUCGUUCGGCCCAUACCACCACCGCCGGGAUCCACAGUUGGUGCUGGUGGAGCCAUUCAAGGACGAGCUACGGGAUAUUGUUUGCGGAGGAGACGCUGACCAUAAAAAGAGCAAGAUACAUGAGCGGAUAGAUGAUAUUCGUCAUUUCUAUGGCGGAGCAGAUGGCUACACUGACGAGGAAUUGGCUGAAAUGAUGCUCCGCGACGCUUGCUUCCUCAUAUGCUUUAUCUGUGCAUUAGCUGAGGGUGGGGUUGGGGAAGGAACUUAUUAUGCCCGGAUUCAUGAACGCUUGGGAAUGUCUGCUAUGUUUUUCGUGCUAAGUGAUAUAUGUAUGCUGGAGAAUCAGAUUCCAUUAUGGAUCAUCUCCUUAAUACACCCUCAAUACAAAUCAUUGUUGUGCCAAUACUUGAGCUCCACUUUUUAUGGGGAUAACAACUGUAUGACACAACUCCCAUGGGCAGAAGAAGAAGAAGAGCCUCUUCACCUCCUCGAAGCUUUGCGCCGCUCCUCCCUUCGCCUCGUUGAGACCCAGCAAAAUUCAAGUCUCUUUUGGCGGCUUAUCAAGAAAUAUAAUCAACCAAGGGAAUCAUCGAAGAAUCUUACACCAAGUGUGUUGCAACUGUUGGACAGUCCUUUUCGUUCGGUUACAGAUCUGAAAGCAAAGGGUAUUCAUCUCCGGAAGAGUUCAAGAUGUUUGACAGACAUCAGAUUCUUCUCCUUCGGCUUGUUCGCUCAACUCCACCUUCCUGUCUUCCUCAUCUCUGAUGCAGACAUCGGGGCCUACUCCAAUCUUAUUGCAUUGGAGAUGUCGCCGGGAACACGCACAGACCUUGGCGUGACAUCUUACAUUAAUUUCAUGAAAACGUUGAUCAUCAAUGUUAAUGAUGUAAAGGUUCUGCGGGAGAAAGGCAUACUGUUCAGCAUGUUGGCAAGCGAUGAAGAGGUGCUUGAUAUAUUUAAAAGCAUCCAUACCUAUGGAUACUCAAACUUUGGUCUUUUUUAUGAGGUGAAGAUGAGGAUUAAUGAGCACUGCAACAACAAAGCUAAGACAUGGAUGGCCGACCUCAUCAAUACCAAUUUUAAGAGCCCAUGGACUGUUAUAGCUCUUCUUGCCGCCACAUUUCUGCUUUGCCUCACUUUUCUACAAACUUACUACACAAUCAAUCCACGCAACUAA